AUGAGUUUCCGUACCACCGGCCCCAGACUGCUGCUGUUGGGACUCCAGCUGUUUGCCGAGGCCUGGAGCUAUAACCUGGACACGCGGCAUGCGCAGAGCUUCUUGGUGCACGCUGGAAGACACUUUGGGUACCGGGUGUUGCAGGUCGGAGAUGGGGUUGUCGUGGGAGCCCCAGGUGAGGGGAACAACACGGGAAGCCUCUAUGAGUGUCAUCCAAGCAGUCGUUCCUGCCAGCCACUCAGCCUGCAUGGUUCUAACUAUACCUCCAAAUACCUGGGAAUGACCCUAGUGACAGACGCCGCUGCCGGAAGCCUUUUGGCCUGUGAUCCUGGACUGUCUCGGACAUGCGAUCAGAACACCUACCUCAGUGGCCAGUGUUACCUCUUUCCCCAGAGUCUGGGGGGACCUAUGUUACAAGGGCGUCCUGCUUAUCAGGAAUGUAUGAAGGGCAAGGUCGACCUUGUGUUUCUGUUCGACGGCUCCAUGAGCUUGAGUCAAAAUGAGUUUGAAAAAAUCGUGGACUUCAUGAAAGACGUGAUGAGGAAACUCAGCAACACCUCCUAUCAGUUUGCUGCUGUUCAGUUUUCCACAAAGUACAGAACAGAAUUUACUUUCUCGGAUUAUGCUACAGAGAAGGACCCUGACGUUCUGCUACGCAAUGUUACACACAUGCGCCUACUGACCAAUACCUUUGGUGCCAUCAACUAUGUAGCGACAAACGUGUUCAAAGAAGAGUCUGGUGCCCGGCCAGAUGCUAGCAAGGUGCUUAUUAUCAUCACAGAUGGGGAAGCUACUGAUAAUGGGAACAUCACUGCCGCCCGACACAUCACGCGCUACAUCAUUGGGGUUGGAAGGCAUUUUAGGAACACAGAAAGUCAGCAGAGUCUUCAUAAAUUUGCCUCAGAACCCGUAAGUGAUUUUGUCAAGAUUCUAGACACAUUUGAGAAGCUCAAGGACCUGUUUGAUGAACUGCAGAAUAGGAUCUACGCAAUUGAGGGCACGAACUUACAGGACAGGACUUCCUUUUCCAUGGAACUCUCCUCCAGCGGGAUCAGCGCAGACCUCAGCAAGGGCCAUGCAGUUGUGGGAGCAGUUGGAGCCAAGGACUGGGCUGGAGGCUUUCUGGACCUCAAUGGAGACUUGCAGAAUGCCACAUUUGUUGGGAACGAACCACUGACCUCAGAUAUGAGAGACGGCUAUCUGGGUUACAGCUUGGCCUGGCUGCCCUCCCACAGCUCCGCGCCACUCCUGGCUGUGGGCGCCCCGCGAUACCAGCACGUGGGACAGGUGCUGCUCUUCCAAGCACCUCAAGCCGGAGGACACUGGAGUCAGACCCAGAAACUCGAAGGGACUCAGAUUGGAUCUUAUUUUGGUGGGGAACUAUGUAGCAUUGACUUGGACCAGGAUGGUGAGACAGAGCUAUUGCUGAUUGGGGCGCCCCUGUUCUAUGGGGAGCAGAGAGGAGGCCGAGUCUUCAUUUACCAGGGAAGAAAGGUGUUCAGCAUAGUCUCAGAGCUGCAGGGUGACCCUGGCUACCCACUUGGGCGGUUUGGAGCUGCCAUAGCUGCCCUGACAGACAUCAAUGGGGAUGGGCUGAUGGACGUGGCCGUGGGAGCCCCUCUGGAGGAGCAGGGAGCUGUGUAUAUCUUCAAUGGGCAGCCCGGAGGGCUCAAUCCACAGCCAAGCCAGAGAAUACAAGGAACCCAGGUGUCCCCAGGAAUCCGGUGGUUUGGACGCUCCAUCCAUGGGGUGAAGGACCUUGGAGGGGACAGGCUGGCAGACGUAGUUGUAGGAGCUGAGGGCCGGGUGAUUGUGCUGAGCUCGAGGCCGGUGGUGGACGUUGUCACUGAGAUGUCCUUCUCUCCAAACGAAAUCCCGGUGCAUGAGGUGGAGUGCUCCUUCUCAGCCAGUGAGGAGCAGAAGAAAGGAGUCACCCUCAAGGUGUGCUUCCAGAUCCAGGCCCUCACGCCUCAGUUUCAAGGUAGCCUGCUGGUCAACCUUAGCUACACCCUGCAGCUGGACGGCCACCGGACAAGGAGCCGAGGUCUGUUCUCGGGAGGGAGCCACAAACUCAGCGGGAACACACCUGUCACCCCCGAGAAAACCUGCAAGGACUUCCCGUUUCACUUCCCGAUCUGCAUUCAAGACCUCAUCUCCCCUAUCAAUGUCUCUCUGAAUUUCUCCCUUUUGGAGGAAGAAGGAACACUGAGGGACCAAAAGAUGGGCACAGACAUGCAGCCCAUCCUGAGACCUUCAGUACAUGCAGUGACAACGGAGAUCCCUUUUGAGAAGAACUGUGGUGAAGACAAGAAGUGCGAGGCAGACCUGGCCCUGCUGUCCCCUCCCAGUUCCAGAGUCCUGCAGCUGACUUCCUCUGCCAGCCUUGCUGUGGAGUGGACACUGAGCAACUCAGGAGAAGAUGCUUACUGGGUGCAGCUGAGCUUGGGCUUCCCCCUGGGACUCUCCUUCCGUAAGGUGGAGAUGCUUGAGCCACACAGCCAAAUACCUGUGAGCUGCCAGGAGCUGGCCGAGGAGUCGAGACUCCUGAGCAAGACACUGGCCUGCAAUGUAAGCUCUCCUAUCUUCAAAGCAGGCCGACAGGUCAGCCUCCAGGUGAUGUUCAACACACUGCUCAACAGCUCCUGGGGAGAUUUUGUUGAGCUGAAUGGCACUGUGCAUUGUGAGAAUGAGGACUCAAACCUCCUGCAGGACAAUUCAGCCGCCACCCGCAUCCCAGUCCUGUACCCUGUUAACAUCCUUAUUGAAGACCAGGAGAACUCCACACUGUACACCAGCUUCACCCCCAAAGGUCCUAAGACCCAACAAGUCCAGCACAUCUACCAGGUGAGGAUUCAGCCUUCGGCCUACGACCACAACAUGCCCACCCUGGAGGCCUUGGUUGGGGUGCCGCAGCCUCACAGUGAGAGCCCCAUUACACACACAUGGACUGUACAGAUGGAGCCUCCUGUCACUUGCCACCGUGAGGACCUGAAGAGGCCAUCUGAUGAAGCUGAUUCUUGUCUGCUUGGAAUUUUGUUCCGCUGCCCACUUGUCUUCAGGCGGGAGACCCUCAUCCAAGUGACCGGGACAGUGGAACUCUCGGAGGAGAUCAAGGCCUCCUCCACACUCAACCUCUGCAGCUCGGUCUCCAUCUCCUUCAACAGCAGCAAGCAUUUCCAUCUGUACGGCAACAAAUCCUCCACGGCUCAGGUCCUCAUGAAGGUUGACGUGGUCUACGAGAAGGAGAUGACGCACCUGUAUGUGCUCAGCAGUAUUGGGGGGCUGGUGCUACUCUCGCUGAUUUUCCUAGCGCUCUACAAGGUUGGGUUCUUCAAACGGAACCUGAAGGAGAAGAUGGAGGCCGAUGGAAGUGUCCUAAACGGAAGCCCUGGCGAAGACGCGGACCCUCUGGCAGCAUCUGGAGAAGAGACCAAAGAUCCGGGCUGCUUAGAGCCCCUCCAUGAAGGGAACAAGGAUGCUGAGGCCUAGGUCCAAUAUUCCAACAGCCCAGAACUAGACUUCAGCCACAUGACGCUGUGUACCCUAUCCUUGGCUAGUCAUGGCUGCUCCUAGCCCUAAGUUUCCCUGUUGUGAGCCUAGAGCUAUCUACAGGUGUGUGAUAAGACUCUGUGGAGGGAGGCUGGGGGCCAGAGACGAAGCCCUGUCUUUGCUAGCCUGCCUUACUGGCCCCCAGAGAGAAUCUUUGGUCUAAAUUUGGAGACACUGUCAUCUCAGGAUCCCGUUACACUCCAGCCCCGCCCCCCCAACUGCCCUCGGAUGUCCCAGCCUUCUGGAUCUGCCGCACGCUCUCUCCUGCCUAGGGUCUAGCCUGGGCUCUGCUGACAGAUUGCAAAUCCCACCUGUGCCAUUGCAUUGCUCCUGCAGGUGCCUUCUUCUUGAGUCAAAGACAAAAUUCUUGAUGAGCCUUAGAAGACAUUGCAAAAGCAGGCCCAGUGGUCCUCCCAGCCUCUGCUGGAGAUAACCUGCCCGUUUCCCACUCUCUCCUGCUGCUCUCUCCCAGUCUGCAGUCACUGCAGCCUUUCCUGUGUCCUCUUCUGCCUGGAACAUCCCUGCCUCCUCCUGUCUUGGCAAGGGAGAUUCCACACUGUGAGCGAGCAUUGCACCAGCCUGCACUUGUCUCUUGUUUCCCAGGCUGUGUUCGUCCUCUCUUUGAUGAUUUAAUUCCUGCCUCCCAGUGAGCUCCUUGAAGUUAGUGCAUCCAUAUCUAUCCUGUUCACCUUGGGGAUCUCUGGUGACAUCACAGGGUAGGGAUGUAGGAGGUGCUUGAUACAGUUUCAUUAAAUUGGUGAUGAAGGCUAUGGUAAGAGAGAAACAGGAUGGAUGAGCCCCGGACAUUGCAUCCUUGAAGCCUCUGCUUUCCAGACUCCUCCACACCCUGCUCAGUCCCCAUCUCCCACACAGAAGGAGCUCAAGGAGGCCCCUGCACAAAGUUCACGCACGGUAGUUUGAAUGAGAGAUGCCUCACAGGGCAUCUGGACACUUGGUUCCCUGCUGGAGGGACUGUCUGGGAGGUUGUGGGGAGGCGCAGCCUUGCUUGAAGAAGAGCCUUACCCCGCCUGCAGUUCUCACUCUGCUUUGUGCUUACAGCUCAUGUGCCCUCUUGUUUCCUUCUGUCUUGCCAGUUGCUGGCUGCUGUGUCUUCCCACUGUGAUAGACUCUUACCCUCUGGAAC